AUGGACCUGUCGUUCGCUAUUUGCAUCAAGUCCUUUCUCACUAUUUUCCUGCUUUUCCUCGGGGCUUAUGGCCCACAACGAACGUUCGGACAAUAUGGCGGAACCGCACUGGAGUUAAUAGAUUCCUUCAUUUCUUCUAUCUUUUUUUCCCAUUAUAAUCUGUUUUUUUUUUUUCUUUCUUUGUUUCUUUCAUUACUUAUACUGUUCUUGCAAAUUUUCUUUUUGUUUCAUUUUGAUACUUAUUUAUUUAUUUCAGACAAUUCCUUUUGCUUUGUCUAUCGUCUCUUCUUUGUUUUUUUUUUGUUUUUUUUGUUUGUUAACACUGUUCUUUCUUAUUUUCUCUCUCUCUCUCUUUCUUUCUUUCGUUCUUCCUUUUUCCGUUGUUUCUUCUUUUCUGUUUUCGUCUUUCUAUUCAUCUGCAGGCAAGCUACAGUACAUAUGGUGUCCUUAUGGCCGUUCUUUCUUUUUCAUUUAACUCCAUCUUUGCAUUAUGUCUUCGAUUUUGCUUUAUUCCUAUCGAUCCUUCUUUUAUUUGCUUUUUACUAUUAUUUUUUGCGUUAUUUCCUUUUUCUUCUUUACUUCCCGUGUCCUGUUUUGUUCCUUUCUCUAUUUUCUACGUCCUUUCGUUUUCGUACAUCUCUCCUCUUUUCCCUCUCGUCUUUCGUAUACGUUUCUUUCUUUCUUUCUUUCUUUCUUUCUUUCUUUCUUUCUUUCUUUCUUUCUUUCUUUCUUAUUAUAGAUCUAUCUUAUAUUAUUAAUUGGAAUCAUUCUUUCCUUUCCUUACUUAUGUGUUUUAUUCUUCCAUUCACGCUUCAUUCUGUUCUCCGUCGUUCUUUUAUUACGUAUUUUAUUUUUAUUUUCACUUGCAUCCUGGGUGUUUUUUCUAUACAUGUUUAG